GUCGUCAAGAAUCGUUAACGUCGUUGACGGAGAAAAAGCCCUAGCUUCCCCAUGUUAGAAGUUCUCCCUCCCUCCUCAUGUGCGACUAAAGCACCUUGCGCGCCUUCGUUUUCCAUCUCAUCUCAGACGGCGAGGGAGGUGUAGAGGCGGACGGCUAUGGGCUAUAAUUUCGUACUAUAGUGGUUGUUGUGGUUGAUUGUGUCGCAUUGGAGUCUGAUAGGAGCUUAAUGAAGAUUUGGGGAUCUGGUGGUGGUAUUCAGAUGAUAGGUGAGAGACGAGAUUUUUUAAGGUACUUUGCGAAAGGAAGAGGAAAAGAGAGCUUCAAGUAUAAAAAAGAUAAUUUCUCUUUUGAGAUAAGUUCAGUCUAUUUGAUCUCUUAUUUUCAAUUCUUGCAUAUUGAUGAUAAAUUUAUGUUCAUUAUUUUAAAUCGUUAGAUCGUGAAUCUGGAGUUUUGGUUAAUUUUAUAUGAUUUCUAUUAAGUUUUCAACUGAUUAUACAUUAUUUUUUUGGUCCAGUCAGGUCAUUAUACUGAUUGAAUAUGGUUUUGUUAGAUGGGUACUUGAAAAUCAAGUUCUUGGUCAAUCUACUCUUCAAGUGGCCAGAAUUUAGGUUCUGCUUUAACUUGGUAAGAGAUUUAUGGAUGGCAAACAUAUAUCUCCUGAAUUUGAGAUGCAAGCUUUUUAAAAUUUAUCAGGCAACUUGAAAUUGUAUAGAAUGGAAGAAAGGACUUAAAAAAUCCAUGAGAAAUUGAAGAGGAUCCAAGAGAGGAACUCAAAGGAGAGCACGAGCGGAGGAAAAAAAGGAAUCUGAGAGAAAUUAAAGAGAUUUUCUUUUCUGAAUUGAAAAUUUUUGAGACUCUAGAUUAAAAAAACUGGGUAUUUCUUUAGUAUUUUUUUGUGACUUCGGAAAUCAUUUUGUAUUUGGCUAGAUGUGCCUUUUGUGAUGAGGUGGAGGAAAAUGCUAUUCACCUGUAAACAUUGUAAAGUGGCUUUUAGAAUUUGGAAAGAAUGUUUCAUGGUAGGGGAUUGAGUUUGUCAUUGCAGGAUGCUGUUCUGAUGCAUUUCAUCAACAUGGGCACAUUUUCAAAAAUAUUGUUUGGCUUGCUGUUAUCUCGACUCAUUGGAUUUUCAAAAAUAACAAGUGGUUCAAAGAUAUUGAGUUUGCUGAGAAUAGAAUGUUUGAUAUCAUUUAGGUGUCAUAUUGGUUGAUAAACCCAGUGGAGGGGAAGAGCAUGUGAUGUUAUGUUGUUAAGGAGUGGGAAGUGACCGUAUUCUUAAUUGUGAAUGAAUUGUAAUGUUUUUGUUAAGGUUUUGAGUAUCCCUUGUCUUUGGACUCAAUAUAAUAAAUAAAGUUUAUUACCAUUC